AUGGACGUUGCCUCUACCCGCUCCCGCCUGCGCCGCACGUUUGCCUACCCAACCGACGACGACGGCAGCAGCAACAGCAGCUCGGCCCUGGCGCUCGACGAGACGGAACAAGAAGACGUCAUUGCCUCGCUGGCGACGCAGAACCACGCGACCAACUCGCAAUUCCGACUCUUUCUCCUCGCCCUGCCCACCGUCUCGGCGGUGCCCUACCUCCUGGCCCUCGCCAACCCGGCCGCGCAGCACACGUCGCGCACCACGGCGUCCCUCGCCCUGACCAGCCUCGCCAGCACCGCCUGGCUGCUCUGGUCCCAGCUCCCCGGCGUCACGGGCAUCGACGCCCUGGACCGCUGGGCCACGGGCCGACCGGGCGCCAUGGAUACUCUACAUGGCGACCACGGCCACCACGUCUCGACCCGCCGCCGCGAUCGUCGACAGAGCUUUUCGCUCACGGCCGCCGUGCCCCUGGCCGAGACGCGGUCCCCCUUGGCCAUCUGGCUGCCGUACCUGAAUCUCGCCCUCUGCGGUCUGCUCGUCCUCGCCGGCUUGGUGAGCAGUAGUCGAGGCGGUGGCGGCUCCUGGGGACAUGUCAGCUUGGCGAAUAUGCCCGGCGUUGUUUACCUGGUUGUGUUGCUCGCCAAGGUGGUCAUGGGUGGUGUUGACCCCGAGAAAGAGCUGAGUGGUCUCAAGUACGAGUUCAAGGGAGCAUAA